CUCCCUACCUUCUUGAGUGGAUUGAAAUCUCCCUUCUUGGUUGGGUGUGGACGAACGUCUUGGAGGACCUCCUUUGGCCGGGACUCCUACUGCCGUUGAACGAGAAUCCUGAACUUUUGAAUCAAUCUCCUUCCCCCUCUCUAUUAUAUUUUUGAAAACGGACGGGAUUUCAAUACUCUUUCCGGUGCCCUACCUUUCGGCCUCUAGUGUCUACCUCUAUCAUUCAUUCCGUUUGCAGCCUAAGUGCAAGAAAGAACUAGCAGAAAAAUGUUCACUGAUCAGUCCGAGUGGGCAGGCAAGAAUACAACCCAUCGCCUUGAUUCCAACUACUCCCGAUAAAAUCACACCAAAACCCCUUGCCCACUUCCCUUGCAAGAAACCCUAGAAAGGGCUCUCAACACAGUGGACCUGGCAUCAUCGUCUCUCACGCAGCUCUCUCUCUCUCUCCGUCACGCAGGAGCAGGAAGACGACACGAUGUUGGUCCCUCAUUCGUCUUCUGCAGAUGCUCCUCAGCCAAUGGAAGUAGUUGCGCUAGUGGAGCCUACCAGUACGGUUGAGAACCAACCAAUCGAGAAACCUAUAUCGAAUGAAUUCACAUGGGAGAUUGAAAACUUUUAUGGGUUGAGCGCCGAGGAGCACUACUCUGAUAUUUUCAAUGUCGGGGGUUAUAAGUGGCGGAUGGUCAUUGGUUUAAACUGCCCGGGCCAUUUGUCAUUGUAUUUAGAUGUUGCAGAUUCGGUGAAUCUGCCUUACGGAUGGUGUAUUAGUGCUCAUUUUUUCUUAACUGUGAUUGAUCAAUACGAUGCCGGAAAUUCAUAUACAUAUGAGUCAGAGGCACAUCAUCAUUUUAGUGCUAAAGCGAGUUGCUGGGGUUUUGAUAAGUUCAUGCAUCUCACUCAACUACUCGAUCCGGAUCGUAAAUAUAUAGUGGAUGACAAAGUUAAGGUGGGGGCUGUGGUUACUGUCAAGGCUGUUAAUGAUUCAAAGAAGGAAACGGGUUAUGUUGGACUUAAGGCGCAAAGUGAUACCCAUUACAUGAAUUCUCUCUUUCAGACUUUCUACCAUAUCCCCUUCUUCAGAAAGGUUGUGUAUGAUAUUCCAACAACCAAGAAUGAUAUGCUAUCAGAGAGCACCCCCUUGGCUCUUCAGAGCUUAUUUUGUAAGAUGCAGUACAGUGAAAACAGUGUUGUGGUGAAAGAGCUGAGAAAAUUUUUUGAAUUCAGGCAAUAUGAUGUACUGGAAUUUAGUAGGUUUCUUUGUGAAAAGCUGGAAGAUAAAAUGAAGGGAACUAUUGUGGAGGAUAAAAUACAAAAGUUGUUUGUAGGGCGCCAAAAAAAUUUCACGAAAUUCGUCAAUGCGGAAUGUCAGCUUGAAAAAGAGGAAUCAUUUUACGGUCUUCGGCUUGAUGUCAGAGGCUGUCGAGAUGUCUAUGAUUCUUUUGAGAAGUACGUGAAAGUUGAAAGCCUCGAGGGUGAUAGAAAUUAUAAUGACGCGCAACUUGGACAACAGGAUACUAGGAAGUGUGUUCAGUUCAUUAGCUUCCCUCCUGUCCUUCAGCUUCAGCUAAAACGGUUUGAGUAUGAUAAAUAUGGGUUUUGUACGAGGAAGGUUAGAAUUAUGCUACCUCUUAUUCUACAUCGUGAUUAGUUUUGUAUGAUUUCUACACAUUUUCCCCUGUUUAUGUCUUUUCUUGAUGUGUAUUAUCAUGUUCAAUCGUCAGUUAAGUGAAAUGAGAAGGGGGGAAAAAUUGUUUGAAUGUCAUUAUGGUUUAGGUUAUGAACUCUAUCCAUUUGCGAAGAGAAUUUAAGAGCUUCCACCAUGUGAAGUCAUACAUAAUGGUGCAAUAUGAAACUAUGAACGACUCGUAUUAAGCGUUAGAUAAAAAACUUACAAUAAAAAUCCAAUACAUUGGAAAUAACACCAAAGGAGAUUGAAUUUUGUUUUAUUUAUUAUGGGGAUGGGGAUCCUUUUGUGUUCACAAUACUAUGAUCUCGAGGGUUGUAUUGAGAAAACAAUCCCCUAGGUUGCUAAUUAGAAUUUGGAGGUACAAAUAUGACAUUAAAUGAAUUAUUUUAAUCCUAUGAAAAUAUUUGAGUGUGUUGCAAAAUGUAUAACUAUAUUAUUCAUUGGAUAUCCUGAUUCUCCCCACCAAUGUUUUUAAUCGAACUUUAUAAUAUCAUUAUAGUAUGUCUAUUUUUCAACUUUUAUAAUAUCUUAUAUAUUCUCCUCCUUGACCGUGCUUAAAGGAACUAGUGUUCUCAGCCACAAUGUUAUACAGCAAUAGCAACAGCAACAGCAACAGCAACAGCAACAGCAACAACAACAAAAAAUCAAUAAAAUCUCACCUAAAAAUGGGGUUGGCUGCAUGGAUUCUUGCCCUCCAAUCAGAUCUAUUUGAGGUCGUACUUGAGACAAGACCUAAACUAUGCAUAUCUUUCCUCAGUACUUCUAUGGUCAUUUUAGACCUGCCUCUAACUCUUUUAAUUCCUUCAAUUUGAAUCAGAUCACUCCUUAUUGGAGCAUCCUGGCCUCGGUUGGACAUGGCCAUACCACCUCACGGCUCACACGACUUUCUUGGAGCUUAUCAUGAAUCAAAGCAACUCCCAAAUCAGCUUUAAUAUGCUCACUCCUUUAUCCUUCCUAGUUUUUUUUUGUUUGGAUAAUUAAAUGAAUUAAUAACCAAAGGGAGGGAAAAGAGAGGGGGGGCUUCAGCCAAAAGGGAGAAGCCAGCCACAAGGGCAAACAAAACUCGCAACAAAAGGCGAGGCACAAAGCCAACACACAAGCGAAAGGACGAGGGAUACAAUCAAAAAAAGGGGGGGAUCAAGAAGUGGGGGUGGAGCCGGAGCUGGUAGGGAGGUUCCAAGAGGCCAUAAUGUGUCUAUUCCUGAGGGAAUUGGGGACAGGCUUAGGAUGGAAGGAGCGGAUUUUGGAGGACACAUCAAGGAAGAUGGCCUUCCAAAUCUUGUCCGGGGAACGGGAUUGGGAGGACCAUCUAUGGGUGUUGCACUCCAUCCAGAGGUGAUUGAUGGUAGCGGAGAACGCAAGCUUGCCGAUAGUAUCACAAAUAGUGGAGCCUGCAAAGGUCAUGUCAACCCAAAUAGAUUCCCUAUCCAAAGGGAGGAUAGGACGUCUGGAAGGCCAUCAUUUGGGGAGGACAAUCUUCCAGACAGAGGAAGAGAAGGGGCAGGAAAAGAAGAGAUGAGGGGAGUCUUCGAGACCAUGGGAGCAGAGACAGCAGGAGGGGUUUACAGGAAUGUGACGA